AAAAAGAACUAACACAGAGAAGAAAAUUCCAAAUCCUGAACCUGGAAGAGAGAGAAAAUGAAAAAGAUAUUAGUAAUGCACUAUGCACAAAGGGAAAAUUGGAAAUUGCUUGGAAUAAUAUCCGCGUCAACUAUAGUUCUUGUGGAGCAAAGUUCAAAGAAUAUGCAAUUAAAAAUAACGAUAAACCACUUGGCAUUGGACAAAUGUCCAACCUUAACAUUCAAAGAAACCAUGACCUUCAUAUGGAUUAUCACAGCUUUGUUCUGACACGGACUGGCGGCAUUACCAAGUCCUAAAGAAGAACUUCUAUACAUGAACAAUUUGCGAUCUUUCUAAUUAGCCAAUUCCCAAGAGCUUAAAUGGGUAAGACAAAUAAAAAAAUUCAAACACAAACUUCAACUUCUGUAAUGCCAGCCAUCGUUAUAUUUUCUUAUUUCUUUGUCUCUUUGUAUGGUAGGAUGCUAUAUAUACAUACAUAAUUAAGGUUUAAGUAACUCAAUAUCACAAGAACUUUCCAGUUCUCCUGUUAACAUGGAAAACAAAAGGUGCAAAAUUUUGCCAACCAUUUUGCUUGUGAUCCUCCAUAUUCUCCCUUCAAUGUUUAGCUCUUCCCAAGCAACCACCAAAUCAGCAAUCCAUUCAUCAAAUAGUGAUGCAAUUGAGAAAGAGGAAAGCAACUUAGAGACUUAUCUUGUCCUCCUACAGAAACCUGAGGGCAAUGAUUUCUCAAAGUCCAAAGAUUUAUAUAGCUGGUAUCAAUCAUUUUUACCAGAGAAUGCAUUUAGCUCAAACCAGCCGCGUUUGAUACAUUCCUACCGCCAUGUCGCCACAGGAUUUGCUGCAAAACUUACGGCAGGUGAAGUAAAGGCAAUGGCAGCUAAGAAAGGGUUCGUGUCAGCCUGUCCUCGAAGGUUGGUGCCUCUGCACACAACCCAUUCUCCUAGCUUCUUAGGACUGCAACAAAACAUAGGGCUUUGGAAUUCUUCAAAUUAUGGCAAGGGAGUGAUUGUUGGACUCAUCGAUAGUGGAAUAACGCCUGAUCACCCUUCAUUUAGUGGUAAAGGAAUGCCUCCUCCACCAGCAAAAUGGAAAGGGAAAUGCGAGCUGAAUGGAACAUCAUGCAAUAAUAAGCUCAUUGGUGCAAGAAAUUUUGCCACUGACAGUAAUAACACAUUGGAUGAAUACCAGCACGGGACUCACACAGCUGGCACAGCAGCUGGAAGCCCUGUGCAAGGUGCCAAUUACUUUGGGCAGGCCAAUGGCACUGCAAUUGGUAUGGCCCCACUAGCCCACUUGGCAAUGUAUAAAGUUUCCGGCAGAGCUGGUAACGCCGGUGACAGUGAGAUAUUGGCUGCAAUGGAUGCUGCAGUUGAGGAUGGUGUUGAUGUACUUUCUCUUUCUCUUGGAAUUGGUUCUCAUCCUUUUUAUGAUGAUGUGAUUGCACUAGGUGCAUAUGCAGCUAUUCAAAAGGGGAUCUUUGUGAGUUGCUCAGCAGGAAAUUCUGGACCAGAUAAUAGCUCUUUAUCAAAUGAGGCGCCAUGGAUUUUAACUGUAGGGGCAAGCACUAUAGACAGAGCAAUAAGAGCAACAGUAUUACUUGGAAAUAACACAGAGCUGAACGGCGAAUCCCUUUACCAACCUGAAGAUUUCCCUUCAACGCUGCUGCCACUUGUUUAUACAGGUGCAAAUGGUAAUCCGUCAUCUGCUUACUGCGGUACAGGAUCAUUGGCAAAUGUUGAUGUCAAAGGCAAGAUAGUGCUGUGUGAGGGAGGGUAUGGAGCAUUGGAGAAAGGCCAAGAAGUGAAAAGAAACGGAGGCAUUGCCAUGAUUUUAAUGAAUGAAGAGUCUGAUGGCUUUGUGACCACCGCGGAUCUUCAAGUGCUCCCUGCAUCACAUGUAAGUUACAUGGCAGGAUUAGCAAUCAAAGCCUACAUAGAGUCCACAUCAUCGCCAAUGGCUACAAUCUUGUUCAAAGGAACUGUAACCGGCUUGCCAGAAGCUCCUCAAGUUGCUGAAUUUUCCUCAAGAGGUCCUAGCUUUGCAAGUCCUGGAAUCUUGAAACCAGACAUUAUAGGCCCUGGAGUAAGAAUUUUAGCUGCCUGGCCAGUUUCAGAAGACAAUACUACCAACAAGUUUGCUAUGAUCUCCGGCACUUCAAUGUCCUGUCCUCAUCUUAGUGGUAUUGCUGCUCUGCUAAAAAAUGCCCACCCUGACUGGUCACCUGCUGCCAUAAAAUCUGCAAUUAUGACCACUGCUAAUUUAGUUGAUCAUGGGGGCAAUCCCAUAUCUGAUGAACAGUUUGUUACCGCCACUAUCUUUGACAUUGGUGCAGGCCAUGUAAACCCAUCACGAGCAAAUGAUCCAGGGCUCAUUUACGAUAUUCAACCUGAUGAUUACAUUCCUUACUUAUGUGGAUUAGGUUAUUCUGACAAACAGGUAGGACUCAUCGUGCAGCACGGGGUGAACUGUUCAAAUGAUUCAAGCAUACCUGAAGCUCAGUUGAAUUAUCCGUCAUUUUCCAUCAGACUGGGGUCUACUCCACAGACAUACACAAGAACAGUAACAAAUGUUGGCCAACCUAACUCAGCGUACACUCCUCAAGUCUUUGCACCAGAAGGUGUAAAUGUUAAGGUAACCCCUGACAAGAUCAAUUUCAGUGGGAUGAACCAGAAAGCAACAUACUCGGUGACAUUUAGCAAAAAUGGAUACAACUAUGGUGCACCAUUUGCUCAGGGAUACUUGAAUUGGGUAGCUGACGGAUACAUUGUUAGAAUCCCAAUUGCUGUCAUAUUUGAGUAAGGAACGCGCCAAGAUGUUUUGUGGCAAGAUUUACUCUUGAUAUUGAAUAAAAUCAGACGCUGAAAUUUCUGUUUU